CGGGCGUGCGCGGAAGGAGGGGUCCGGCCCGGCCGCCACGUCCCCCGUGUGACAGGUCUCUCCGGGUGCCCAGGGCAGGAUGUACACGCUGCUGUCGGGCCUGUACAAGUACAUGUUCCAGAAGGACGAGUACUGCAUCCUCAUCCUGGGCCUGGACAAUGCUGGCAAGACGACGUUCUUGGAGCAGUCAAAAACCCGGUUUAACAAGAACUACAAGGGGAUGAGUCUCUCCAAAAUCACUACCACCGUGGGUCUGAACAUCGGCACUGUGGACGUCGGGAAGGCUCGCCUCAUGUUCUGGGACUUAGGGGGCCAGGAAGAGCUGCAGUCUCUGUGGGACAAGUACUACGCAGAGUGCCACGGUGUCAUCUACGUCAUCGAUUCCACAGACGAGGAGAGGCUGUCCGAGUCCAAGCAAGCGUUCGAGAAGAUGGCCACGAGCGAGGCUCUGGACGGUGUCCCCAUCCUGGUGCUGGCCAACAAGCAGGAUGUUGAGACCUGCCUCUCGAUCCCCGACAUCAAGACUGUGUUCAGCGAUUGCACCUCCAAGAUCGGCAGGCGUGACUGCCUGACCCAGGCCUGCUCUGCCCUCACCGGCAAAGGGGUGCGCGAGGGCAUCGAGUGGAUGGUGAAGUGCGUCGUGCGGAACGUGCACCGGCCGCCGCGACAGAGGGAUAUCACGUAGGCGUGGCUGGUGUCCGCUGGUGCCCACAGCUCACCCGAGUGCCCGAGGAGCGUUCCUGCCGGCUCUGAGCCACCAGGCCUGGGGGGUCGGGUUUGCUUUGCUCUUGGUUUUUUCAGUUGCUUUGUUUUUUUCUUUAAGACAAAUGUUUCCCUGUGUCCAUAAAAGUGUAGGCAUGCAGGGGCUUCUGCUGAGGGGAGUCGGGGCAGCAGGGCCAGGCUGGGUGCCACACACAGGACCCCCAUAGGACCCUGCUGAGCCAGGCGGCUGAAGGGCCCCUGUCUGGAAAUGAGGUUCUCCAGGGCUGCUCUGCGGCUCACCCAUGGAAGGAGCUGGUGGGGCAAGUGUGUCCUCAGUCUCCGUCCCUUUGGGGCCUGGAAAUGGGUUGGGGGCUGGUGUCAUCUUGAGGGAGGGAGACCUGGCCCACUGCUGAAGGCCCGCAGGGCCCUGGGUUCUGAUACCUCGGCACAGGGCCUGGGAGCCCUCUGUCCUCUGACGGCCAGUCCGGAGGGAGCGGGCGGUCCCCAUGUCUGCUGCUGGCCCAGGACAGCCGGUCGCCAGUGGGCGGUGGGCCAGGGGUGUGCACCAGUGCGGGUGUUAGGAAGGCGGGCUGGGUUCCUGUGGAGCCCAGGCCUGUGGUGGGAUGGGCCUUUAUUCCAAGUUGUGGGUGGGGGGUAGGGUCCCGGUCGGGUUUGGGGACAAGCUGUCAAGAAACUCAUUUCCGGGCCUGUGCCUGGAAACAGGCCCUCCAGGAAAUGCUGGUCCUUGGGACCCUCACCAUACAGCCCCUGUGGGAGCUGGCAAGACCCAGCAGGCCUGGCCCUGGGCAGGAGGCUGAUUGGCCAGUGCUGGCUGGUGCAUGACAGAAUACUGGUGGUCUGAGUCGCUGACGUCUGUCAUUCCUCCGGAAACCCAGGACUGGGUGGUGGGCUCCCAGGCUGGACCCAGGGCCUGUCUGGUACCACCUUUCUGCUUCUGUGGGAGUGGCUGAGCCAGAGCCAGAACCCUGGUCCCACCAGACUGCCCUCCCUCUGUGGCGGGGGCCUGGGAGGGCUGAGUCAGAGCUGGGGGUGGGGAUGCAGGUGAGGUGACUCAUGAGGAGUCAUAGGCUAUGGGGUCCCACCCCUCCCCGCUCUGAGACCCAGAAUGGGGAUCAGGCGCCAGAUUCCCGAGCUCACUGGGAGGGCUGGGAGUCCCCCAGGUGGCACUGGAGCAGCCCAGCCCUCAUCCUGAGAGGGGAAGCCUGGUUUCCCAGAAAGCACUCGGUGUGCACUCGGUCUUGGCUGUCCCCUCCUGGGAAGUCCCCUGCUUGCAGGGACUGGGUGGAGCUCAAACGGAGAGGCAGGGGGAGGGGGAAGGGUCUCUUGGCAGCCCAGGGCCCAGGUUGGUGCUGGCCAGUCCACGCUGGGUCCUGUCCACAGUAAGAGCCCCAGACCGGGUGGGGUCCUCAGCACUGCCCUCCCAGCUGUCCUAGCCUCAAAGCAUGACUUAGGGGGGCAUGGGGCAAGCCUCAGGGGCCUCCACUCUGCCCACAGCCAGAAGUGAGGCAGCCGCCGCCCUCUGGCCAUCUCGGAAGGUCCCUCCCAUUGAGGGUCUGACCCACGUGGGUGCCCAGCAGCCAAAGGGAGCGGGGGGAGUUGGAGAGCCCAUGCAGGCGUUUCCCCACAGAUGUGCCCGCCACGCACCCGGCAGACCCAGCACAAAGUUUCGUACAAUCCGUUACGUAGACUGGCUUUGUAAAAAAUUAAAUUUGUUACUGCAACGGGA